UGCUGCGUUUGUACGACGAUGGUGGUGGCUCCUCACGGCCGCGUCUGCGGGAGAGGGCCUAUCUCUCUCUCUCUCCAAAAACCCUCUUGUUUCCUAGGCUUCGGCUUCAAUCCCGAAUGCUAAAUUGUUGUUAGGCGCCAUGUUUUUCACUUGUAAUAUAAACAGCAAAUGUUUUUUUCCCCCUAAUUUCACGUUAAGUUAAAUCACAAGCCUCCUGCCCCUCUUUCGACUAUCCAUUUCUGCAAGGAAAAACCCUUGGCCUCUCUUCACUCAGCCUCCUCCUGGUUGACGCCUCUCUCCAUCCGAGUUCUCUCCAGGCGACCAAGCAGCCGGUGCCUCUCCGGACGACCAAGUUCCGCAAGGAACAGGUCAGCGGCGGUCACCAUCCUCACCACCCGUAGGAAAGAGAAGCUUGCGUCUCAAAGUUGCCUUGCUGGCUAUUCUCGUGGCAAUUGCCAAUAUUUCGCCAUUGCAAACAAUAGACACAAAACUCAAAAGUGCCUUCGGAGGACAGACGCAAUAUUGGCGUGAAACUUCCGAAGAUUACGAGAUCCUUGCUUCAGCUCCUUGUUUCCACUACGAACACAGCUGAAAUUUGCCAAGACAUUGUUCAGCUUCCGUGAAGGAGAAGAUCGAUGGAGAAAGCAAUCGCGAAGGGCGACAAGGAGGUCCUUGUCAAGAUUGUGAAAGUAUGCCAAACACAGAAUAUGAAGGGUUCUGAGGGAGGAUGGAAGGAAUUCCUCAGCACUCACGACUCCAAAUUCGGUUCGUGCCUAGGUGACCCCACGAGGAGGUCUGUGGACAUCUUGGUUGCAUUUCUUAAGACGUUUACAAAUGAAGAAGAUAUGAAGCUUUUCACUAAGGUCAUAAAGAUGCACGAGAACCAGAAGACAAUGGAAGAGCUUAUAAAGAGCGCUGGGCACAGAGAAUCUCCAGAGCAGAGGCUGGUCUGUCUGACAUAUAGUCAUCCACUCUAUCCAAAAUACUACUCCUUGCCUUCUUAUAAUGAGGAAUGGGUUGUCACGAGGAUGGGCAAAUAUUCCAAGAUAUUACGCUCAAAGUCAAUGAUUGCUAUUGAUUGUGAGAUGGUACUUUGUGAAGAUGGUACAGAGGCAGUGGUGAAAGUGUGUGCAGUGGAUGAGGACAUGGAGGUUAAGCUGGAUGUUUUGGUAAAUCCCAUGAAGGCAGUUUCUGACUAUCGAACUGACAUCACUGGGGUCUCAGCUUGUGAUCUGGAAGGAGUCACUCUUUGCCUAAGUGAUGUGCAGAAAACUAUGAAGAAACUAUUAAAACCAGGAACUAUAUUAGUGGGCCAUAGCCUGCAUCAUGAUUUAGAGGCAUUAAGAAUUGAUCAUAGAAGAGUCAUUGAUACUUCUUUUAUCUUCACUUGUCUGGACAAACCUAGCUACUAUACACCCAGUUUGAAUAAUUUGUGCAAGUCUAUUUUAGGUUAUUACAUACGAGAAGAGGGUGCUCCACAUGUCUGUCUAGAUGAUGCACGUGGCUCAAUGAAGCUUGUCAAGGCCAAGCUAGAGCAUGGUUUUAAUGACCCCAUUGUCAUUCCUAGUAAAAAUUUGCCAAAAACAGAACUGGUGAAGUUGCUGCUUCAUAAUAUACCUAUGGUGGUUUCUUGCCAAGAACUGCGGAAAAUAUUUCCUGAUGAAUGUGCUGUUGAAAUUGAGGCUACACUGCGUUCUAAAGGUUCAAAAAAUUCCACAUUCGCAAUUUUUAAGUCGUCUAGAGAGGCAAAUGAAGCAUUUGAAAUUUUGGAAGGCGAAAUGGAGAAGGACUCAGAGGGACGCCCCCAGAAGCGUGUCCAGCUUCAACUAAGCUCUGGCACCUUUAUUAGCGUAUGUGUGCGUAAAAUGAAAGUUGAGGAGCCUGCUGGUGCACCUUGUAUCCCUACCAAGAAGGGUACCGAAGGGGAAAUUGAGUUUGGCGAGGAACCAGCUACAUCUGAUCUUCCUGAGAAGAGGCCCAUCCAAGAUGAUAUUAAGGCUUCUAAAAGACGGAAGAAAGAUUUGAUCAAGUGCCCUGCGGGCAUUUCAGAAGGCAACUUAGAUUCAACGAAGUGCAAACAUGUGGAAGAGAUAGAAAGGCUGAAUAAGAAGCUCCGCCAAAGAGAUGAAGAGAUAAAAAAUUUGCAUAAGAUCUUAUCAUCUCUUACGAGAAAACAUGGACUCUGAGCAUAUUUGCAUGCCAUCUAUAUGUACGACAUUUUUUCAUUUCACAUUGAGGUGUGGUCCACUUCUGAAAAUUAUUUAUGAAAAGAAACGCAAGCUGAGGGACAAACAACCUUGUCAAAGAACAAUUUGCAUAUUACAAGUUCCAAAAUAUACAUGUGAUGAAUCGUCGUCACAGUAUUGCAAACCAUAA